AUGCAAACAGGUGUCGAUAACAGGGCCUUGCUAGCCUGUUUGGCUAGUGGUGUUUUAUAUGAAGCAACUGCGCAACCAGUCGAGUGUUUGAAAGAUUGUGACACCGGAUACUUCUGUGAGGAAGGAACAUACGUGUGUAAAAAAUGCAUCGACUGCGCGGAGCUGAAACGCGAAACACUGCCGGGGGCACCUUCGUGCAUACAGACUGUGGCCGAUUGUGGAUCUUGCCUCAAAGGGUUGCUGCCUGAUUUAGGGACAGGCAUUGGCUGUGUCUCAUCAGACUCCCAACCCGACGAGGGCUUGUCGGCCUACGUGUGGGUUGCCGUGGUGGGUGUGGCUCUCGUGGUUUUAUUUAUAUUUGUGGGCAUUAUUGUGGUGUACGUCCUGCGAAACACCGAUACUUUCAAGAUCCUAGCAUCUACGCGGACAUCAGUGCAGUCUCCAUGCAACAGGAACGCUGCUCCAGCCACCGCCCCAGAGGCCCCUCCGCCGCCUUACAAUGCUCUCUAUUCACCUGUCAGGCCCUCUUCACCACCUCCAGAUAAUACUCAUAAUGAGUCUUGGGGCUUUGUGAAGCGCGCGGGUAGUGUCCGUUUGGGCGCGGAGGGUCGCGAAUCUGCCGGAAGUCAGGCAGCUCGUGUCUACAACAAUCCAAGUUAUGUCAGAGGAGCACAUCUCAAUGACUUGCCCAGUUAUGAUGUAACGUGUAGUGAUGAUGAAAGGGACCCAAUCACUCACGACGAGGAUACCAUGGAGAGCACAUGGACACCCACACCACAAGUUAACACGUCUAGCGGAAUAUCAAACGGUGCGGGUGGAGAGUUGUCAAGUCUGUUGUCUGCCGCGAGACACAACAAUCUCGUGCGCACACCACACGCUGUCACCCAAUAUUGCGCUGCACAGGACUCCAAUAACAACCGUAGCACAGGAGACGCCAUGGGUGGCGAGGGCCCCGCCAGCAGCGGACCUUCCUUCAUCAUCAACGUCGUUCAGAGCAUCAACGCGGUGCAGCAGCAGAACGACGUCAAGUUAUAG